AUGAAGAUUGUUGCAGUCACAUUUAUUUUAAUCGUCGCAUCUGUUUUUGCUGAUCCUAUUUCAAUCUCAGACAACAAUGUUGGGGAUAUUGUGAACGUUGGAGUGAAUGCAAACGCUAAAAUCGACAGCAAAGUCCAUCAAAAUAUUAUUGAAGCAAUUUUGAGUCUUUUAAACCAACAAGUUAUUGGCGUGAACAGUGGAAAGGAUGCAACCGAACUCAAUGAAAUUCCAGAAUCCUCAGAUGUUAACUUCAGCCAUGAAAUGAAUGAAAAUGUUGAAAACUUGUAA